UGUUCACACUAUUUCUUUCAGAUGUUCUUGCUUGAGAUAUGAAACUGCAGCUCUCAAUUAUUUACUCUCUAACUCUGACAGGUAAUUGUGAUCCUGUGUCUGAAACAAGCCAAGACUAUCAAUCGAUGUGUGAAGCUGCUGAAAAUGAGGUCACAGAAUUAAGAACAUUUCGGCCUACAAUACACCAUGAGGGAUACCAUAAAUACUACAGGUUUUCAUUUGAGAAAGAAGGAGAAUACCAGUGUGAGAUCACAGCUCUGAUUUUUGACGUGGCGUCUCCAGCUGAAGUUGUGUAUGGGACUGAGCAAUGGGAGAAGUGUCCCCUAGACCAGAGCUCCCUGCUUCCUGCCGGCCCGCUGUAUGAUAUAAACAGUCCAAGCGGAGCACUGAAGCACCUUUCCUUCCCACAUUCGGAGUGCUCCCCUGAAGUUCAGAAUCACUUGAUGGUGGCACACUACAAGAAUGACAAUGCUGAGAUGAUUAAACCAAGCGAAGUGACAGAAACUCACAUCAAAAUAAAAGUCACAGAAAUGUCUCUCUUUGGUCUUGUGAGAAGAUGGCUGAAAUAUAAAAGUAAAGCUCAGGUGCUUCUGUUUCUCAGGCAGCUGACUAAGAUAAAGAAGCUGAAUGUUUUCUUGCUCUCCUCAAAUGUUGUUUUGGAUGAAGUGCAAGAGAAGCAAAAAGACAGUAUUUUCAUUGAGACAAGUUCACACUGUGUUGUGUUGGAAGAGGAAAAGUACAGCGUUUCAUGUGACCAGGAAAACGCUCAUGUACAACCAGACACUUAUGAUUUUGUAAGAGACUACGGUCCCAACUUCCCCCCAACAUUUGAAAUCUUUUUGAACAAUGACGUGGAAGAGCUGACUGUUAAAGUUUUCAAAAGCACCAGAAGAGAUGCUUCGGUCUGGUCUCGCAGAGUAUUGCUUGAUGGUUUCAGUUCAUCAGGUCAAGCUCCACCUGGAGAGAGGUUGAAGGCGGUGCGGACGAGGCUCAUCGAGGGGCUGAACGCCUCAGUAAUCCGGGACCUGCUGGAUGACAUGCUGCACAUGAAUGUGUUGAACGAUGGCGAGGUGGAGAGUGUGAAGGAGGGGCAGACCUGCACCAAGGACAAGGCAAGCUGCCUGAUCGACAUGGUGAGGAAAAAGGGGACUUCCGCAAGCGAGAAAUUCAUCUACAAACUUGCAGAGAGGGACCCUGCCUUAUACGUCACCCUGGGGCUUCACAGGCAAUCAGUCGACUAAGAAGCGAAUAACUGCUUAUAAUAGAUUCUUCAAUAUAAAACCCUAAUCCAUCAAAACAGAACUAAAAAAUAACCCUCUGAUAUCUGGCCUAUUCUAAAUCCAGUGUCACUGCACACUAUUGUCUCCAUAAAGCAUUGCACUCUGCUGUAUCAGGACAGCUCAACCAGCUUGUAUUCAACCUCCAGUCUUGCAGGACUAGCUAGGCUUUCAUUUACAAGGCAGGCUGAACUACACUAUAAUAAUGUAUCCUCCAAGUCUCACUGAGAAGGCUUUUAGAAAUGCUACCACAAUGGUAAAUGUUUGAAAAAGAAGGUAUCAAAAACAAAAGCAUGUAUGCCUAAUAAAUUGUGAUUGAAGUUGAUUAUGCCUGGUAUUAAGUGCAAUAUGAAUGUUUUCACUGACAUAAUCCAAUCUUCUGGAUUAUGUCAGUGCAGAUAUCUUGUAUAUUGUAAUGCUUCAUGUGAGAAGUCGUUCCUUUUAAAAGGAAAUAACUUCCUUUGUUGUUUUGUGCUGUGUGUAGGGAUCUAUCUUCAGUCACGGCGUGUAUAAUCGUAACCCUGUUACGUUACGUUGUAAGGGCAGCUUCUCGAACUCCAUAGAGUUCACAAACACACUGUUUUAAAAUGUCUAAACAUGAAACUAAAAAAUUGAGACCGACGGGAUAUAUUUCUGACACCCUGUGUGAAGCGAGCAACAGUUGCUGGCAACAUUAUUCAACUUCCGGUAAGUCAGUCAGAGAGGGUCGAAAGCGUAUUUAAAAAUAAUUCUCAAAUAAUCUGCUAAAAAAAUGCUUUAUUGUAUUUAUCUUUAUUUUUGUUUAUAUUGCUUAUUGUAUUUCUAUUUGUUUAUUUUAUAUUCUGUUAUAUAUUUUGUUUGUAAAAAUCUAUCGUGUAUAUUUCAGCCAUUCCUGAAAAAAAUUAAGGAUUGCAACUCAGUAAAAAGGGGGUUAAAUGUAAUGAACAGACUCAUAGUGAAUAGAAAAUGGGGUUGGUUGUACCAGAUUUAUGUCACUGCUAUUGUUGCUGGGGUUUUAGUAGUGCCCGGGCACUGAAAACAUGACAUUUUGUCUGGUGGGUUGUGUAUUUCAGUCAUUGUUGCUGGGGUUGUAGUAUCGCCCGCACACUGAAAACAUGACAUUUUCUAAGAACAGAAGUGCUGGAGCCAACCCCUGUUCUAUUAUAAGCAGCUAAUGACUUGGGAUCUUUAUUACUCAAUAUUUCAUUAAAUAAUGUAUAGUAUUUAACAUACAUUAAUUAUCCAGUCAAUUGCUCCCUCUCAGGUCCUCUGAAUGGUCUGGCUUUCAAAGAUUUAACCGAAUGGAGUAUUUCACCAGCAUAUGAAAAUCAAUGCUGUUGUGCUUCUCUAAAGUAAUUUCAAAUGUGAGUGCACAAGUUUCAUGAGCACAAUAUCCAUUUAUUUUAAAAUGUUUUUUUUAAUGCUUUUUUUACAGAUGUACUGAAACAAUGGUUUUUAAAUGCUAUGACACAGUAAGGAUUGGAAUCUUUCAUUUUAUUUGCAAAUGUGGUUUCCCAUGAAUAUUUCUGGAAAGAUCUCCCACGUUUUAACUCAAGGAGCUGAGACCAAUCUGCCAUUGAUAAAUGGAAUGUAGCUGAUGGCAGAACUGAACAUGUAAAAUCACCAAAUGUUGCCCUUUGUGAUAAAAUACAAUGUAAAGUAUCUUGACUAAAAUCAUUUUCUUCAAUUGAAGAAUCCUCCACAGAUUCCACAGUAUAUUGCUCACAUGUUGAUGACAUGUGUUGUGUAUCCACAUUUAAAUUUGUUUCGCUUUAUGUUUUUAAAGAAAUCAAGUGGAAUACAUAGAUCAUCUGUUUGUGUUCCUUUGUUAUAAGAACAUACAUUAACAGUUGUAUUUGUAGUAUCACAAAAGGCAACAUUUAUUUCACUUAUGUUUUUAAAACAGUCAAGUGGAGUACACAGAUUGUCUGUUUUCGUUCCUUGUGUAAAUUAAGACCAUACAUGAACAGUUUUAUUUAGUAGUGUUUCAGGGUAGUCUGUUUUUUUACCUGUAAAUGUAAAACUCUUUUGUACUGGUAGUACCUUUAGCUGGCAUGUGUCUGAGUUACAGACAAAGCCCAUGGUGUCAAUAUCUGCACCACUAUGAUUGGGAAUGCCAACACAUUCAAAUGUACCAUUCAUGGCAGAUAUCGCAGGCUAGCAUAGGCCUUUUCCUUUUAUUUGGGGAUUUACAAAUACAGAAAGUUUAUGUUUUCUUAGAAUAAUGUUCUGCGACCCACUGUUAUUUAUCAUAUUUAACAUUUUGUAUUAGUUUCCUUUGUACUCCCCCAAAUGACUUACCUUGUUCUUCACUAUAUUCUGUUGUACAAUGUACUAGUGUCUCUGUAUUUGAAUUUUGUUAAUCCAGUUUUUGAACAAUUAAUAUUUAGUGUAUUCAUCACACCUGCAGUCCUAUCUCCCUCCUUCACCACACCUGCAGUCCUACCUCCCUCCUUCACCACACAUGGAGUAUUACCUCUCUCCUUCACUACACCUGUAGUCCUACCCUCCUUCACCACACCUGUAGUCCUACCCUCCUUCACCACAUCUGUAGUCCUACCUCCCUCCUUCACCACACCUGUAGUCCUACCUCCCCUCCUUCACCACACCUGGAGUAUUACCUCUCUCCUUCACCACACCUGUAGUCCUACCUCCCUCCUUCACCACACCUGGAGUAUUACCUCUCUCCUUCACCACACCUGUAGUCCUACCUCCCUCCUUCACCACACAUGGGGUAUUACCUCCCUCCUUCACCACACCUGUAGUCCUACCUCCCUCCUUCACCACACCUGAGGUAUUACCUCCCUCCUUCACCACACCUGUAGUCCUACCUCCCUCUUUCACCACACCUGGAGUGUUACCUCCCUCCUUAACCACAUCUGGAGUAUUACCUCCCUCCUUCACCACACCUGGAGUAUUACCUCCCUCCUUCACCACACCUGUAGUCCUACCCUCCUUCACCACAUCUGUAGUCCUACCUCCCUCCUUCACCACAUCUGUAGUCCUACCUCCCUCCUUCACCACAUCUGUAGUCCUACCUCCCUCCUUCACCACACCUGGAGUAUUACCUCCCUCCUUCACCACACCUGGAGUAUUACCUCCCUCCUUCACCACACCUGUAGUCCUACCUCCCUCCUUCACACCUGUAUUCCUACCUCCCUCCUUCACCACACCUGAGGUAUUACCUCCCUCCUUCACCACACCUGAAGUAUUACCUCCCUCCUUCACCACACCUGUAGUCCUACCUCCCUCUUUCACCACACCUGGAGUGUUACCUCCCUCCUUAACCACACCUGGAGUAUUACCUCCCUCCUUAACCACAUCUGGAGUAUUACCUCCCUCCUUCACCACAUCUGUAGUCCUACCUCCCUCCUUCACCACACCUGAGGUAUUACCUCCCUCCUUCACCACACCUGGAGUAUUACCUCCCUCCUUCACCACACCUGUAGUCCUACCCUCCUUCACCACAUCUGUAGUCCUACCUCCCUCCUUCACCACAUCUGUAGUCCUACCUCCCUCCUUCACCACACCUGAGGUAUUACCUCCCUCCUUCACCACACCUGUAGUCCUACCUCCCUCUUUCACCACACCUGGAGUGUUACCUCCCUCCUUAACCACAUCUGGAGUAUUACCUCCCUCCUUCACCACACCUGGAGUAUUACCUCCCUCCUUCACCACAUCUGGAGUCCUACCUCCCUCCUUCACCACACCUGGAGUAUUACCUCCCUCCUCCCCUACACCUGGAGUAUUACCUCCCUCCUCCCCUACACCUGUAUUCCUACUUCCCUCCAUCACACCUGUAGUCAUACCUCCCUCCUUCACACCUGUAAUCCUACCUCCCUCCUUCACCACACCUGUAGUCCUACCUCCCUCCUUCACCACACCUGUAGAAUUACUUCCCUCCUUCACACCUGUAGUCCUACCUCCCUCCUUCACACCUGUAGUCCUACCUCCCUCCUUCACACCUGUAGUCCUACCUCCCUCCUUCACACCUGUAGUCCUACCUCCCUCCUUCAUAUCUGUAGUCCUACCUCCCUCCUUCACAUCUGUAAUCCUACCUCCAUCCUUCACCACACCUGUAGUCUUACCUCCCUUACGUCACCUUGCUGUCUCACUGACAUCUCUGCUGUUUUAGGACAUUUCCUCACCCUCACCUCACCUGCACUCUGGUCUUGCUGCCUGGCUGUUACAGUCUCACUGAUACGUGACCUACUUAGCUUUAAUGUUUUCCCCUUUCACUUCCCUUGCCUUCUCAGUAACAGCUCCUGACCCUAGCCUCUCACUCCGAACCACUCCAUACGCCUUUGGGUAGCACAGCACCGAAGACUCAUGGACGUGGUACACACUACCACCACUCAAGCCCUAAAAUUAAAUGACAGGUUUUUUCUAUAUCAUACAAUCCACAUUAAUGUAUUGUAAUGCAGCUACACAUUGAGGAAAUGUAGUUCAGAUAUAGCACCAAACUGAUGAUCACAAAUUAAGUUUUAAUAUUUAGAGUCAUUUCCAAGAAUAGUUACUCCGCUGCCUUCUCGGUGGUACCGUAUUUCACCUCUGCCCACUCAAAAGGAUCAGCGCUGCUGAUUACUGGUGCUGAUCCUCUCACAACCACACGUGGAGUGAGGCCAGGUUUCUUGCUCUGCAAACCUGUUGUUGCUGGUUUGGUCUCUUGUGCAGCAAACAGUUGCUGGUAAGCUGCACACCACAUGAGCUGUGCAAGGAGAGGCAUGCCACAGUCAUCACUGAGAUGUACACCAUCAGUACACCACAGAUCUGAGCAUGUGACGGGGAAGUGUUCGGAUAUUGAGAGGUAUCGGACCUUCAUUCGGGCUGCACAGCGAUGGUAUUCCUGAUGCAACAGAUCUUAAAGGCCAAGGUCAACCAUAAGCCGGGUCGGAAAAUCUAAUACUACCACCUACCAACAAGGAGGUUAAACAGGAUUACAAUAACAUAAAAGGAAUUUUAAAAUCCCUAUUGUUUUCACUUACAAUCGUUAAUUUAUUUUUUUUUUUUGAGUGAAAUAACAUGAACCCCCUUUUUUGAGUUACGUAAAUCCUUAAUUUUUUCAGGACUGACUGAAAUAUACAACCCACCAGCCAAAAUGUCAUGUUUUCAGUGCCCGGCCACUACUAAAACCCCAGCAACAGUAGCAGUGAGGUAAAUCUGGCACAACCAACCAACCCCAUUUUCUAAACCCCCAGCAACAAUUGCAGUUGUUACAUUACAUUACCUUAU